GUUAUAUUCAAGCGUUGAAUGGCGUAGUGUUCUGGUACUUGGACGAGAACCGAGAAAAGAACAAAAAUCCAUUAGGGAAAGAAGAAAAUUUACGCAUCGAAAAUGACUGCAGUUUUGCGCGUAAAACGCAAAAAUACCGACACCCCGCUCGAUCGACUGGUGAUUGCGUGCAAGCGUGCGAGAACCGGAUCGCCCCUUCUGGAAGAGAGCGAGCCCGCCAUCCAAACGGUCGUUCAAUUCGCCGGGACACUCACGGAUCCCACCGAAGAUGUUGCACAACAUGUCGCCAAAGUAAUGCCCAAGAUGGGCACAGAAAUAGCCAACGUUGGUGUCAAACGGACGUGCGAUGGCAGCUAUUCUGGGAAUACUUCAAACAAAAAAUGGAUAGGAGGAGAUCCCCUGGUAGAAAGAUAUAAAGUUGUUAAUUGCCAGCGUUCUCAGGAUACAUUAAAUGAGGAAAAGUCAGAGGAGAAAUGGCUGACACUCAUAGAUGUAGAGGAUUCCUGGAGUGUUUCCAAUACAUUAAAGCAAAAUGCAGAAGAAACAGAGGAUAUUGAAGAUUUUGUGUUUGAUUUAUACUGUGGACCAACUGACGAUGUAUGGCCUGAUGACGAUAUCUGGUUUGAGAACAACAAAAUAAUGGUACAGGAGCCAGAAUAUCCAUAUUUAAAUUCUGAAGACAAAAGUGAAGAAUCGUCGGAGGACUCAAAUUCAGAAUCUAAUUGGAGAAAUGAUUAUCCCGAUACUGAUCCCGAUCGUUCCAGAGAUGAAGAUUAUGAUUCGGAUUAUUCCAAUGAUGAUGUCCACUUACACGCCUCUAGAGAAGAAGAAGAUAGAAGGAUAUAUGGGCGCAGUUACGCUGAAUAUAGAAAAAUAAUACAGGCUCAUAUGAAUGAUGAUGACUCUAGUAACAAUUCGUCAAACGAUGAAGGAAGAUCGUCGAAUUAUUCGAGUGAUGAAUCGAUGGGAUUAUUGUAAAAAUUUGUUAAUCCUUUAGUUGCAAAGGGCAUACAUGUACAUGUUAAAAUAACUUUUCAUUUAUUUCGAUUGUCAGUUAUAGAAGUCAUAAAUAUGUGAGACUAUCAUUUCACAAUUUCAGGUAAAAUGCAUUGCAACUAAAGGCUUAGAAAUAGAUUAAUUAAAUAUAUGAAGAUUUGUAAAAUUCUGUUGAAAAAAUCAAAUCAAUUAGUUAAAAAUCCUACAUGUUAUAUAUUAAGAAAUUAAAUAAGAGACUUAAAGUAGUAAAGAGUAUUAAAGUUUAGCAAAAUGUAUCUUUGCAUAAUCUUAUCGAUUUUGUGAACCUUAUUGGAUUUUACAGUAAGCAUUCUUUUAGUAUGUACUUUAGUAUCACCUCUCACCUUUCUUGUAACAAAAAAAAAUGAGUUGUAAAUAGCCUAAGUUUUAUUUGUAUGCUAUA